AUGGAGUUUCAGUACGCAGCGGUUGGCAACACGGCGGCACUGCGGGCAUGGCUACAGCAUCAUCCUGAGCGUGUGAACGUCCCGAGCCCUGGCUCGCGUUACACGCUGCUGACCACGGCUGUCAAGCGCGGCCACCUUGACACGGUGCAUAUGCUUGUUGGUGAGUUCCAUGCCGAUUUAGGGAUUCCUUGUGGUGGUAUUGACAACACAUGUGUGCAUGCCGCCGCAUCCAACUGCGAUGUUGAAAUGCUGUCGUACCUCUUAGCCUGCCGUGCUCCGCUGAAGCCAAAUGCUUUUAUGGAGUACCCCAGUGAUAUUGCGAAGGUGGCGACGGCGGCUAGUUUGGUGAAGGAGAAGUGUAUUGCCAUGCUACGUGCACACGAGGGCGAGCUCAAUCCACGCGGGCUGAAGCAGGAAGGGAAGGAAGGAGGGCAACCGCAACCGAUGCAAUGGAGAUCACCUCUUGAGUCUGUUGUUAGUCCCACCUCUUUACGCGAUGUUAUUUCAGAUGUGAAGCUGACGGGGGAUGAGGACGGCAAAGAAGAGGACGUCCAACGUCGAAGUUUGCAAGAGCUUCCGAUGCAAGGGGCUGGCACUGCAACUCGAACCGCCGAUUCGUUGACGACCACCACAAACGGGGUAAACGGUAACUCAGAGGAUAAAAGUAGGGGCAAUGUGAGCCGUGUCCAACCGCGAAAUGCGCGCAACAUUAAAGAAGAGGUAACGUUGCCUUUAGAUCUUCACACGUUUCGUCGUAUGUACGGUAAUGGUUUUGAUUUUAUAGAAAGUACUCACGCAUACUUUAUACGUGGUCUUUUGCCGUACAGCUUUAAAGGUAAUGUAUAUUAUACUCCAGUUGUUUUAAUUCUUCGAAAGACGGUAGAUGCGGAACAGGAGGGGGGUGAGCCAUCUCAGCAGGCGUACCACAUCAGCAGCAGCAGUAGCAGUGGUCCUUCAAGGAGGCGUCGCAUUGUUUCCCGCUAUGGUGCACUUAUUGACCGCAAGAGACUUGGUGAUCUCUUUAUCAAUCGCCGUGCGACGUACAUUGACCCCUGCACAGCUGCCAUUAUCCCUAGUGAGGCGGAUGCGUAUUAUAAAAAUUUGUUAAGUUUUCUGCGACAUGCCGUGUUGGACAAUUUUGAACGCAUCCCCCCACUGACUCCCUCUGUGGAUGAGAACAGAGGUGUGCAGGACAAUCUCCCGCUCUUCCGACUGUAUCCAAGGGAGCGAGAGGUCUCACUGCGUAUUCUUCGCGAUUUGUCCCGGUUCUGCGAUGGUGUCUUUACGUACGAUAGUGCUACCCUUCGAGUGGAGGGGUUUCUUCCAUUGUUCAUGGACCUCCCAACCCCACCACGGGAGGGUGGCUUUUCCGUCUCUGACAGAGCCCUUGCCAAGACCGCGUCAUGUCCGAAACCGCAUCCUCACAACAGCCCGGGAACGACUCUUCGUGGAGGUGAAGAAGAGGUAGUGGCGACGGAUCUGAUCAUGAAAUUGCCACUUCGUGUGCAGUUUUCAGCAAACAGCAAUUUUGAGGACCCACCACGCGUCUACUUUUUAAGCGCUACCACCAGCUGCCCGGAGACACGGACGAACUAUGAAUUCCUCUCGAAGAUUAUUGCGGACAGCUCUCUUGGGGAGGUUCGCCGCGAUACGCUUAGCUCACUGGAGAAGUGGAAUCAACACGGAUCUCUCUUGUCCGUUUUAUCGGAGCUACAGCAAAAGGCAACGUCGUUGUUGAUGGAGUAUUGCCAGGCAUCCGCGUUGUCGUUUGCGAAGGGUGGAAGUGAGGUUGCCAUGACGCAGAAAAUAGAUAGUUAUAGUUCCAGAACGCCUUUGAACCCCGCUUUAUGUGGAACGGGGAGUGUCGGUUCGACGAGCGUUGAAUGUGACAUGGAUUGGCUCCUCGUUGGACACCCGACGGUAAGAAAUGCACCGGAUUUGUUCCGUAACACCUCGCCGACUUCAAAACACAAUUUUGAAGACAUGAGCACUGCAAACGUGUGUGUGAUUUGUCUGGAGGCUGGGAGGAAUGUCGUGCUGCUUCCAUGCCGUCAUUUGGUGCUCUGUCUUUCGUGUAGUCUUCGCUACAAGGAUCAUUUGGCAGAUGAGAUGCUUUGCCCUACAUGCCGCAUCCCCAUUGUAGGCAUGUUGGAAAUAUUUCCGUAA